GGUUUUCAUUGCACUUUAUUUCGAAAAUGGAGCUGGAGUUAACCCGAGUGGAUUAUACCAUAAUUGGUGUAAAUUCUAAUAAUUGUGUUAAACUUUUACCCUGUGAGGUAUCCGGUGAAACGCAGAAGGUUGCCGUUGCUGAUCAAGAUGGUAUCCUGCAAGUGUUUUCUAUUAAGAAGGAAGAUGUGCUACUGCAUUUUAAAACACUGCCAGGGCCUAAAUGUACGUCCUUGCAACUUGCUGGUGCAUCAGGAACACCACAUGAUAAAAUCUUUAUCGCUACUGAUAAUGAAGUGCGGGGGUUCACAAAGAAAGGAAAAUUAUUUCUAAGUUUUGAUACAAACCUGACAGAACCGAUUUCUUCAAUGUACGUUUUUGGUAAUGAUUUAUUCGUCUGUGGAAAACACAUUUAUAAUCACUACAGGGAUUGUAAAGAUGUUGGAUCAUAUUUAUGUGGUGAUAGAAUCGUCGACGUGAUUGCAUUGUAUUUAGACAAAACUAACCGUCUUAUUUCGCUGAUUGCAUGCGAAGGAAGAAUGAUUAGAAGUUUGGAACAUGCAAGAGUUACACACAGCAUUGAAAUAGAAUCUCCACCGACAUUAUUACACAUUUACGAGUUUGAAGAUCGACAUUUUGUUAUCUUUGGAACAGUUGAUGGUAAAGUUGGUCUGUUAGAUUUGGACAGAGCUCAUACUUUUGAUCGCUGGUUACUUAAUCAUUCGCAAAAUUCAAGUUCAAUCAGUUGCAUCGUAUCUUACGACUUAACAAAAAACGGUGCCAAUAAUUUGGUCAUUGGAAGAAGUGAUGGUAAUAUAGAAGUAUACACCAUUAACAUUCUGGAUAAAAUUGAUCGUCCCAACUUAGUAUUUACAUAUCAUUGCAAUGAAAGUGUCACCUCUUUGCAAUGUGGCAUUGUAAGCACCGUAGGUUUCGAUGAAAUUGUCGUGGCAACUUACACAGGUCGAAUUUUUGGUCUCACCUCGGAAGCUACAGAUAAAAAGGUUGGUGGAGAUAGUCAAAAUGGCUCCUACAUGUAUUCCGCGGAUGCGUCACAUAAAAUAAUCAAACUUAAAUCGGAAAUUGAAGAACUGCAGACAACUUUAGUCAAGGAACGCGAGAGAUAUCAAUCGUUGACGCAUAGUUUUCUUGAUGAAUUCUCAGCUAUACCGAUGUUAAGUAUUAAAGAUUCAAUGAUUUUAAGCAAAGAAGGUGCGUCAUACACUCUUACAUUAGAAGUACCUACAGCGAUUGAUAACGUUCUUUUGCAAAGUGAUGUGCCGGUUGAUUUGUUGGAUGUAGAGAAAAAUUCGGCUGUUGUAAGUUAUAGCGACGCUGAUGCAAAAUCUGGUAAUUUCUUACUGGCAACAUAUCGUUGUCAAGUUAAUACUAAUCGAUUGGAAGUGAACAUUCGUACGAUCGAAGGGCAAUAUGGUGUUUUAAAGGCGUAUAUUACGCCAUUACUACAACCGAAGUUUUGUCAACUGCGUGAAUAUGAAAUUAAACCUUUAUCGCUACAUUUACGCAUUCACCACUUUGAUGAACAACGUGCAUUUGACGUUUUAACUGUAAAGGGAUCAUUUAGCGUGGCAGAAAUUCAUUCCUGGGUGAGCAAUUGCCUACCAGAAGUUCCAGAGAAACCCAAUUUUGGAGAAGAAACUGUGUUGAAUUUUCAAUCCACAUUUUUGGAUACCAUCUUACAAUGUCGAUACACCAAAGGAGAAGGAACAUUUAAAUCUGAUAAUGUUACUACUAUUUCAAUAUUAAAAGAGUUCUUUAGUAAACAAGCUACUAAAAAGAAUAUUAAAUUUGAAGCAUCUGCAUAUAUAAAUGAUGAAAGUAUUAAUCAUGUUUUACAACUCAUCGAUCCAAAGCUCAAGGGUUUCAUUGAUUUGAAUAAGGUUGAUUUGAUUAAUGCACUGCACGAAUUGGACGUAAAUGACAAUGACGAUACAAUGGAUGUUCUCAGCAAGAAAUAUCGCGACUUGCUUGCUAAUGAAAAGAGAUACAGAGACGAAUUUAAACGACAGCCUUCAUUCUGUGAUCGAUUACAUGGUAUAAUAACUGAUUUAUAUGUUGACUACAACAAAUUUAAAGGUAUAAAUGUUAAAAGUAAGAUUCCAAAGUUAAUGGAAAUCCUGGAAAACUACGACUACAAUGAAUUACUACACUUUUUCAGACCAAAUUAUGUAUAAUUCAAUUUAUUUUCUCAAAAAUUACACACCAAUUACCUUGAUCAUAAUAGUACUUAAGUAUGUUAACAUUCUUAAAAGAUUCAACGAGUAAUAAAAGUUCUUGAUCUUGAAAGACGUGAUAGAACCUAAGAAACUCC